AUGCCAACAGCAAUGUGUUUGGGUUUAGAUGCAGCUGGUUAUACUAUCAUAGCCUGUACCAAGCAGACUGCCCAUAAGUUCACUGGAGGUAAAGCUCCACAUAAGCAGCUGGCUACCAAGGCUGCUCACAAGAGCGCCCCUUCCACCGGUGGGGUCAAGAAGCCCCAUUGCUACAGGCCAGGUACCGUGGCUCUGCGUGAGAUCCAUCGUUAUCAGAAGUCCACUGAACUGCUGAUCCGCAAGCUACCCUUCCAGCGCCUGGUGAGGGAAAUCGCCCAGGACUUCAAGACUGACCUGCAUUUCCAGAGUACAGCCAUCCGAGCUCUGCAGGAGGCCAGUGAGGCCUAUUUGGUCGGUUUGUUUGAGGACACCAAUCUGUGUGCCAUCCAUGCCAAGCGUGUCACCUUCAUGCCCAAAGACAUCCAGCUGGCACGUCGGAUCCUCAAAACUAGG